AUGACGCGGAUUAGUGAGGGUGUGACACUGGCGCUCGUUGCGCUGCUGGCGAUGCUUAGCGUGGCGGUGGUGGUGGACUCUGCGCCCAGCGAGCCGCCCGUGCUCGCCUUCAGACCGACCGGCGACCGCAGCCUCAUCGCCGUCAACAACCCCGAACAGCUCUGGCACUCCGACUUUGCCGACCCUGCGCUGGGGAAUGUGGUGCUGUUGCGGUCGGAGGACGUGCGCGGUAAGGUUCGCAAUUGGUGGGAGCUCUACAACCGCGCGGGAUUCCCCGCCAGCUACGGCGUGGUGGCCUACAAUCCGCAUCCGAACAAGACGGUGGAGGUGACGGUGACCGGCCGGGGCUUCACCCCGACCGUCGAAGGCGGACUUCCGUUCGUGCGACUCAUGAACAACCCGAUCCGCGAGACCAUCCGCGCGGGCGAGGAGGCGCCGCCCGUGCAGGUUCUCAACUUCAUCUACCGCGACUUCCUGGCCAUGCAGAAGGUCGACAUGGGCUGCAUCCCCUACAUGGGCUACAUCACCCGCAAGGAGAAGGACGGCGAGAACGAGGCCCGCGUCUACAAGGUACCUUCGUCAUGGAGGGAGGCUAAGGUGGCGGUGUACGGCGUGCUGGUUAAGGUGGCUGACUGA